AUGGAAGUCGGCGAUCUUGAAAGAUCAUUCUUCGUUUCUUGUGCUCCAAACUUCUUUCGAAGUCAAAUCUCAAAAAUUCUUUCAAAAUGGAAUGAGCAGGCUACACAGGUUACUCUUUUGGAUUUUUUAUCAACAGUUGACACUUUCAUAUCAAUCCUCCUCACGCACAACGUGCCGCUCGUUUCAGUGCUCCCAGAAACCCUUAAAGAAUUCUUACAAGAUGACUUCCAGGGAUUGAGCUCGGUAACUUUUACUCAGAUCCAGCUAAAACUUCAAUUUUUGCUCCACUUUGAGCUUCUACGUAUAGAUUCCUUCAAUAAAGAUCCCAAUUUCUUGGAUAAAAUUGGGAAAAUAGGAAGAGCGCUGUGUAUGGUUUUAUCGUUAGAAGAAGAUUCAUGUACUUUUUACAAAUAUUACAUUUCUGAUAUAGGGGUUUUCCCUAUAUGGCCCGAUAAGGGCUGUGGGUUCUCCGUGGAAUCCCUCUGUUGGUCAAACCAACUAAGUGCGUUGGUUUUGACCAAUUCACUGGUUGGUUCAACCAGCAGAGGGAUUCCACGGAGAACCCACGGCCCUUAUUGUCUAUAUAGGGAAAACACCUAUAUCUUGCCUCGCUAUUGCUCACAUAUUGAGCACCAUGCGCUACUUGCAGUUUCUCUUUACUUUGAAUUUGAGGAUGAAACUCAAAAAUUUUUAAAUGACAUCAUUAUGGUCAAGCCAGCUCCUAAAAAGAGAAAACCACAGCGAUGCCUUUCAAGUAAAUCCCUUAAAUCUCCAAUUCGAAGAAGUCCAAGACUGAAUCCAAGCCAUGUUUUGAAAAUAAAAGAUUCAAAAAAACAAAUUGUUGCGAGGAAUCUAACUCCCCCUCCCCUCCGUGAGUGAACAAAACCAUUAGAAAAAAUGCUAUUUUUUGCCAAAAACCCACCCUCCGUGAGUGAACAAAAAUUUUUUUAAUAGAAAAAUUUUUUAUUGAAAAAAAAUUUGAUAUAUAAGUGAUAACUAGUAUAAUGAAAUCUAAAAGCUGAUUCUGUUUAAUUUUUAACAAAUUGCUUCUUAAAACAUAAAUUUUACAAAUUAGAUUAAUAUUGCUUUCCCAAUUUUUGCGAAUUAGGAUUUUUUUAAAUUUCGAAAAAAAAAUAUAUAAACUUUUUAACCCACCUCCGGGAGUAAGUGGAAGCAGUGCAGCACUUAAAAAGGAAAUUAAGAUGAAAUCGACCAAAGUGGAGUACUUGUGGACGCCAGAACAAAAGCGAGCAGAAAUUUCAAAGGAGGCGAAGAGGCUGAAAGAAAUUAAUAAAAAAUAUUUUUAUGAAAAAAGAGAAGGAUCAGAUAAGAAAAAGCAGAAAAGAGAUGAUAAGGAAGAGGUGGAGACUGAUGAGAAUAGACGAAUUUUAGUGCUCGACACUCCUACAAAGGCCCCAAAUGAGGCGCUUUAUGAAAUCAAAGCUCAUAAGAACAUUUUUAAUUCAUAA